AUGUCUAGUGCUGAAGUCGCCGAUAAUUCCGUUGACCCCCCGGCGAAAAAGCGGAAGCUAAAUAAAGCAGAAGCGAGUUGCAAAUCAUCAGCAAUGGCGAACAAUGGAACGCGUGUCGAAGAUGAGAUCGACGAGAGUUUGUAUUCAAGGCAGCUGUACGUGCUCGGGCAUGAUGCAAUGCGCCGCAUGGCCUCUUCUGAUGUCCUUAUCUCGGGAUUAGGGGGCUUAGGGGUUGAGGUUGCAAAAAAUGUGAUCCUUGGUGGAGUCAAAUCUGUCACCCUUCACGAUGAACGUACAUGCAAAGUAUCAGAUUUGUCCUCACAGUUCUAUCUUUCCGAGGCCUCUAUUGGACAGAAUAGGGCAGUGGCAUCAUGUGAACAGUUAGCUGAACUAAACCAUUAUGUGCCAACAACAGCAUAUACAGAGACGCUUACUGAAGAAUUCUUGCAAAAGUUUAGAGUUGUGGUGCUGACAGGUGCAACUCGAGCUGAGCAGGAUCGUGUAGCUGCCAUAACUCACGCGAACAAUAUUGCAUUAAUUAUCGCUGAUACUAGGGGAUUAUUCUCCCAAGUAUUCUGUGAUUUUGGACCAGAAUUUACCGUUUAUGAUGUUACGGGAGAGAAUCCAGUGUCGGCUAUGGUAGCUGACAUAACCCAUGAAUAUGAAGCUGUAGUCACCUGCUUGGAUGACACCCGCCAUGGUCUUGAGGAUGGAGAUUAUGUCACCUUCAGUGAGGUUCAAGGAAUGACAGAGUUAAAUGGCUGUGAACCACGUAAAAUUAAAGUCAUGGGCCCAUACACAUUUAGCAUUGGAGACACAACCACUUUUUCAAAAUAUGCUAGAGGUGGCAUUGUAACUCAAGUUAAGAUGCCCAAAAAAACUUCAUUUUAA